AAAAAUAUCAGAAACUAUACACUGAGGGGGGAAUGGACUUUGUUCUCCCCUUGUGCAAGACCGACCGUUGCAAGACUCGAUUCUGUAUGCGCAUAACAAAUUCCAUCACAACAAAUUGACCUUUUCACUGAGAAUAAAGAAUUAGCUAACGGGGAAUCCCCGGUGCCGAUACGUAUGUAGUUUUAAUGAAGAGUUUUCUCCUUCGAUCUUCGGUUAUUUCUUUAUAUGUUACAGCGUUUUCAAAAGACAUGGGAUGUUUCUUGGUUGGAGUAUUGUUUCUAUCUGGUGUUAUUCGUGCCACGGUAGAACGACGCCCCCGCGAUGAUUCCAUAUGCCCUGGUAACCAAAUCACCUGGAUUUACAAAAAUAGUGGUCAAGUGAUUGGUUGUUCGCCAUGUCCUGCUUGUCCACCAGGAACAGAAUACUCCAUUCCUUGUUCUACUAAAGCAGUAAAUGGUACACCGGCCAAAUGUAUGACUUGUCCGCGUGGAAAGUUUUCCAACAAAUUCGACAAUAAGCCAUGCGUUGCUUGCACACGAUGUUCAAAAAGAUAUGCAAAAAAAGGUUGCACACCACAUGGAAAUGCUGUCUGCGGAGGCUGUAAAGCCGGAUACUAUGACAAUGAAAUUUCAUUUAGCUGUGAGGAAUGUGGAAGGUGUUGUCAUGACGGCAAAGAUGAAGCACCAUUGGGAUGUGCAAGGGUAGGAAUGUGUAAAACUAGACCCUAUGGUUGUCCCAAACUUAACAGAACCCCAACAAAACCUAGAAUGAACUUGACAAUUAAGGAAUCUUUGGCCAGCAAAAUAUUUACACAACAAGUUAAAAAAUUUCAGAGGCGAUCAACGAAUAAACCCAGGACAUCCUCGAGCCCCUCAAUACCGUUCCUUACAAAAUCAGAUAAGGAAAGAACGCACUUCACAUCUCAAGUAGAACAAGGCCGCUCAAUGAAUAACAUUCGUCAUGAAGACACAGCUUUGUCACAAACUAUUGUCCUGUACAUUUUGCUAAGUCUACUUGUACUCAUACUCAUUCUUUUGGCUGUUGCUGCAAUUAAAAUUAAUAUACCCUUCAAAAGAACCCAGCGACCAGAAUUAGUCAGAAACCUUAGCUCAAGUUAUACGACCAAUCCAUUCAUGCCUGUGCCUACCCCUGAAGACCGAACACUCGAAGAUUUUAUUGAAAAGUGCCAUGAUGUCGUUGAAAGCGUAUGCGUUCUCCUUGGUGACAAGCAAAAAAGAGGAAUGUGGGACUUCGAGAGGGUGGCAGCGAGAUUUGGACUAACCCAAGAAGAAAGAAUCAGCAUAAAGAACCAAACAACCAUAGAGGGGGGCAAUGCAACACGGCAACUUAUGGAGGUUUUGUGUUCUAAAAGGCCUAAAAUAACUGUUAAGCAGUUUGCAGAAAUCGUAAAAAAUAUUAAUAGGAAUGACGUAUUCGAUAAACUUCAGCCGUUUUUAUCUAACUAGGCUAUAUCUAUUAGUCUCACCACAGGUAGCCCACUGGGCAGAAUCAGUUAUCAUCUGGGAUAUAAUUGAUAAAGAUGCUCUAAAUUCAAACCGCGUAUAUGCAUAAAGCCUCUACAAAGAUCUUAACUGAAAUCGAUAAUGUAGAACGAGUCAGGUUGAGUAUACCCAGGGUACAACAUGGGGUGGGUUGGGUAUACCCAGUGUACAACAUGGGGUGGGUUGGGUAUACCCAGGGUACAACAUGGGAUGGGUUGAGUAUACCCAGGGUACAACAUGGGAUGGGUUGAGUAUACCCAGGGUACAUCAUGGGGUGGGUUGAGUAUACCCAGGGUACAACAUGGGGUGGGCUGGAUAUACCCAGGGUGCAACAUGGGAUGGGUAUACCCAGGGUACAACAUGGGCUGGGUAUACCCAGGGUACAACAUGGGAUGGGCUGGGUGUACCCAGGGUACAACAUGGGAUGGGAUGUGAAGUUAUAAAGUUUGUAUUUGAGCUUUGCCUAGGAUAAAAAUUAAAUUCAGGGGUCCAUCAUUUCUGUCAAUGCCCUGUCAAAAUAUGAUUUGUGGGUGUGAAAAUGUGACUAAGCACUUGAUUAAAAACCGUGAUCGAUACAGUUAAAAUACAUGGUUUAUUAAUAAGUAGCUGUAACAAGAAUUAAUAAUACAAUGUCCCACUAAAGACUUAGUUCAAGUUUGUUUCAGGUCACCGUCUCUCAACAUUUCAUGAGCGUAGAAGAAUUAUUGAUUUCAAUGUCUUACUUGCGUGACGACCUUUAUUCUAACUUCACUUACAAAGUAUUUAAAAAAUUAAAACUGUAAACUAGAAAGUGUAGUCCUAAACUUCUUGAUCGUUGUAUUAAAGUGUGAUUACAUUUU